GCAGGAUGUGCUCCUUGGCGCUGUUCCCCCCCCCGCCGCCCCCCGGGGACAUCACUCUCUACGAGUUCAACAACGUCCUGGCCUGUGGCCGCCUCCACGAGCAGCUGCCGCUGGCCCUCCAGAGCCAGCUCAGCCAGCUGCCCACCCCCACCCUGCCCAAGGAGAGCCUCAAGGCCCCCAGCAGGGAGCACAGCACCAGGGCAGCUUUCAGCCAGCACCAGGAGUCCCUCUGGAAGCGAUGCCUCAGUGCAUGGAGGGAGCUGGGGAUCUGUGGGGUGCUGCAGGAGCUGGCUGGAGCCCAGGAGGAAGGGCCGCGCUGCCUCCUGGCUGCCUCCCGCUGCCUCCUGGCCGCCUGCCGCCUCCUGGCCUGGCUGCACAGCUCCCUGCUGCCUGCCCUCUCUCUGACCACCGAGGAGCUGAUCACAGAGUUCUCCCAGGCUGUGGACUGGGCUGGCUGCCCCAUCAGGGCCUUUGCCUGGCACCCCCACACCAACAAAUUCGCUGUGGCUCUCCUGGAUGACUCCAUCAGGGUCCACAACUCCUGCAGUGCCACCAUCCCCUCCCUGAAGCACAGGCUGCAGAGGCAGGUGGCUGCCCUGGCCUGGAAGCCCCUGGGGGCCUCGCUGCUGGCCGUGGGCUGCCAGAGCUGUGUCCUGCUCUGGCACCUGGACCCCACCUCCCUCUCCACCAGACCUUCCUCUGGCUGUGCCCAGGUCCUGUCCUACCCAGGCCACUGCCCUGUCACCAGCCUGGCCUGGGCCCCCAGUGGGCAGCUGCUGCUCUCUGCCUCCCCGGUGGACACUGCCCUGCUGGUCUGGGAUGUGUCCAGGGAGAGCUGUGUGCAGCUGCAGUGGUUUGGGGGGGGAGGGGUCUCCUACCUGGCCUGGUCCCCUGAUGGCAGCAAGGUCCUGGCAGCAACUCCCUCUGCAGUGUUCAGGGUGUGGGAGGCUCAGACCUGGACCUGUGAGCGGUGGCCAACGCUCAGCGGACGCUGCCAGACAGGCUGCUGGAGCCCUGAUGGCAGCAGGCUGCUGUUCAGCGUCCUGGGGGAGGCUCUCAUCUACUCCUUGUCCUUCUCAGAGUACAGAGGGGAGAUGCAGGGGCAGGUGGGAGGCUCCAAGACAGCCUCCAUCGUGGCAGAUGUGUCCUUGACCACCUUUGAGACCCCCUAUGGGGAGGAGAGGGUGGGAGGACAGGUCCAGGCCAUGGUGUGGGACCCCACGGGGCAGAGGCUGGCAGCCAUCAUCAGAGGGCCUCCUGGCGCUGCCGGCAGCCAAGCGACCGUCGCAGUGUUCCGCACCCGCAACAGCCCCGUGCUGGAGCUGCUGCCCUGUGGUUUCCUGCGAGGGGAGCCAGGAGCUGAGCCCCAGCUGCUCUCCUUCCACCCCAGCUUCCCGCAGGGAGCUCUGCUCACCGUGUGCUGGUCCACAGGCAGGGUCAGCCAUGUGCCCUUCUUCUUCAGCCCUGCCCAGGGGCCCUGUGCCAGCCCCGGGCGCAGCCCUGUGCCCGGCGCCAGGGCCAGGGAGCAGCCUCUGUUCUGCGAGCUCUGA